GGGGAGGGUUCUGGAUUGUAAAUAGCGAAUUUAUUUCGCCGGAUUGUCUUGAACAACCAUGUACUGCUACUGUACUUUGGACUGAAAUUACCUCACUGUCAUGUCUGUAGCAUUACGCAUCUUUUCACCGUGGCGAUUUAUCAGGUAAGAUUAGCUAAAAACAUCACACUCACUUGCAAGGUGGAUUUACAGAUAACUUGAUGUGGACAUGGUGCAGGGAGCUGAGGUCAAACUGAGUAGAUUAGAGUUUAGUUGUUCUGUAUGAAGGGAGCUAUAGCGUAGCUUGCUAGUUUAGCAUAGCCCAAUUCUUAAGGAAAACGAAUGGUCAUUAUUUUAUUUUCACCAUGUAGUUUUAGCUUGUUGGCACGAGAGCCUCAAUCUCGGUGCUUGUAUUUAGCUAAGGUUGUCUCAAAGAUGUCAUGUUCUGCACAAAUAGCUAAUUAUCGCUGAGCUGUUAUGUGGGAGUGCUACCGUACAAUAUCAAAGCAGGACAUAAAUGACCUUACAUUCCAACGUAUCAGCUACCACUACAAAAGCUUGCAUGAUGAUAUGCUCGCUAACUAGCUAGUUACUUCUAGUUAUAUAGCAAAUAUAUUUUAGAACUAUCGGUGGUUAUAGACUGCUAGCCAAAGUAGCUAGUCUUGCAACAGCUAUGACCUUUGCCCCACAUCCGGAUUUAUGAGCCUUGUCUAACCAGACCAAAUAACGACCAAUUAAUGAAAACCAGAGGAAAGGUCAAGUAACUAAUUAUUGAUGGCUCAUCGAAUGCUGUCACAACAUUUUUGUAUCACAAACUGUACUGCAACUCUCACAGUACAUUGUUAUGUGUCAUCCUGUCCCAAUCCUCCCCAUAUCCAAUACAGUAAUUUAAAAAGGCCACUGUAGGUGUUAGGAGCUAUCUUAGUGCAAUCAGCCAAGUUCAUUUGUGCUUUGGCAUUUUAUUGGAACAUUUAGGCUUAUGUAUAAUAUUAUUUAGCCUUUGUGGCAGUUCGUAAUUGUUUUGGAAACAGUACCAGUUAGCAAUGUCACUCAUUUGUCUUGAAAUGAUCUCUUAAGGGCAGUCCAAGUAUCACAAAUUCCCACUCUGAAGCUGCACACAACUGGUUCUAUGAUGGGGGCGACGGUGGAGCAAUUCAACCAUGCCAAGAGUCAGAUGGGCAUGCUGAAGAAAGACCCUGGCAAUGAGGCCAAGCUGAAAAUCUAUGCUCUCUUCAAACAGGUGAGAGGUCAUUGUUAUUUGUUCUUAGCUACUUGGCUGUCAUGUCUCUGAAGAUUUUUGCAUGUUGGAUGCUGUGUCAGGAAAAAAGACAAGUUUCCAUUGUACAGUAGAUAAAUAAAGAUCUGUUGUAACGGUUGUAAAGCUAUCCAGGGCUGUUUCUUAUUGGACAAGUCCAGGUAGUCCCUCCCUGUUUCAGUCUGUUUUCUUCCAUUUGAGACCUAAUGACAAUGACCUAGAUUCUUAACCUAUCAGAGUGCAUGAAGGCGACAGGAUGAGGAAAGCCCUUAAAGUCUAUUGGAGACACCGAUCCUCUCAUUUUAGUAUCGUCUCUUCUCUCUUUGUUGUCUUAUUAGGCCACUCAGGGACCCUGUAACACCCCCAAGCCAGGGAUGCUUGACUUUGUCGGCAAGGCCAAAUGGGAUGCCUGGAAGUCUCUGGGCUCUGGAUCUCAGGUAAUCUGCAGUCCAUUAUUGCAUAUACAUAACAGCACUGUCAUACACAUUUUAUUAAAGAUGCAGUCUGGGAUCUUAAGCACUUAUAAGUUCGUAACGUAUACAAAUUGCAAAACAUGUAAUUUUUUUUAUUUUUUGCAGGACGUAACAUAUCAUACGAAAUGGAUGAUGUAGUACACAACUUUACACUUUUCGGGUACCCGUUUUGGCUCGUGAGCACUACUUUCAAAACUACUUGCUGAAAUUAUACAAAAGCUCUGGAGCAAUAUACCCAUUUGUUUAUCAAGGCUAUUCCUCCCAAGUUUGUUAAAAACAACAGACAAAAAUACACGACUUGUGAGCAAGGUCAAACACCUUGCUCACAAGGUUAUAAUAUUAAAAACAAAUUAGGAUCAGCCAUUCUUAUUAAAUGUCACAAUUUUCAGAGCCCAUAAAAAACACAAACUACAAUGUCCUCAAUGUAGUAAAGUGCCAUUGUCUUCACACAAUGACAUUGACAGACAUAAAUUGAUACAUUGUAUAUCUCUUUAUUCCUUCCUCUCAGGAAGAUGCCAGACAGCAGUAUGUGGACCUGAUUGACUCUCUCCUGGCUGCUGAGGGUCCUGCGGUAGCCACACAGCCCUCUGGGAGCACUGCCACCUUUGACACGCUGCUGGUCUCCACAGAGGACAACGUCACCACUAUUCGGCUCAAUAGGCCACAGAAGAAGAACGCCAUCACUGUGGAGGUACAUCGAUUUAAAUUAAUAGGCAUUAGUGUCAUUGUCUAUACAGCCUGGAGGUGUGUUGGUCAUUGUCCUGUUGAAAAACAAAUGAUAGUCCCACUAAGCGCAAACCAGAUGGGAUGGUGUUUCGCUGCAGAAUGCUGUGGUAGCCAUGCUGUUUAAGUGUGCCUUGAAUUCUAAAUCAAUCACAGACAGUGUCACCAGCAAAGCACCAUCACACCUUUGGUGCUUUGCUGGUGACAGCUGCACCGACGAACCAUCAAGCAGGCAAAGCGUCAAUGCAGGACUAAGAUCGAAUCGUACUACACCGGCUAUGACGCUCGUCGGAUGUGGCAGGGCUUGCAAACUAUUACAGACUACAAAGGGAAGCACAACCGCGAGCUGCCCAGUGACACGAGCCUACCAGACGAGCUAAAUUACUUCUAUGCUCGCUUCGAGGCAAGUAAUACUGAAACAUGCAUGAGAGCAUCAGCUGUUCCGGACGACUGUGUGAUCACGCUCUCCGUAGCCGAUAUGAGUAAGACCUUUUCAAUAGGUCAACAUUCAGAAGGCCGCAGGGCCAGACGGAUUACCAGGACAUGUACUCCGAGCAUGCGCUGACCAACUGGCAAGUGUAUUCACUGACAUUUUCAACCUCUCCCUGUCUGAGUCUGUAAUACCAACAUGUUUCAAGCAGACCACCAUAGUCCCUGUGUCCAAGAACACUAAGGUAACCUGCCUAAAUGACUACCGACCCGUAGCACUCGCGUAUGUAGCCAUGAAGUGCUUUGAAAGGCUGGUCAUGGCUCACAUCAACACCAUUAUCCCAGAAAUCCUAGACCCACUCCAAUUUGCAUACCGCCCCAACAGAUCCACAGAUGAUGCAAUCUCUAUUGCGCUCCACACUGCCCUUUCACACCUGGACAAAAGGAACACCUAUAUGAGAAUGCUAUUCAUUGACUACAGCUCAGCGUUCAACACCAUAGUGCCCUCAAAGCUCAUCACUAAGCUAAGGACCCUGGGACUAAACACCUCCUAUAGGGAGGAGGUCAUAGACCUGGCCGUGUGGUGCAAGGACAACAACCACUCCCUCAACGUGAUCAAGACAAAGGAGAUGAUUGUGGACUACAGGAAAAAGAAGAGGACCGAGCACGCCCCCAAUAUCAUCGACGGGGCUGUAGUGGAGCAGGUUGAGAGCUUCAAGUUCCUUGGUGUCCACAUUACCAACAAACUAACACUGUCCAAGCACACCAAGACAGUCGUGAAGAGGGCACGACAAAACCUAUUCCCCCUAAGGAGACUGAAAAGAUUUGGCAUGGGUCCUCAGAUCCUCAAAAGGUUCUAUAGCUGCACCAUCGAGAGCAUCCUGACUGGUUGCAUCACUGCCUGGUAUGGCAACUGCUCGGCCUCCGACCGCAAGGCACUACAGAGGGUAGUGCAUACGGCCCAGUACAUCACUGGGGCCAAGCUUCCUGCCAUCCAGGACCUCUAUACCAGGCGGUGUCAGAGGAAGGCCCUAAAAAUUGUCAAAGACUCCAGCCACCUUAGUCAUAGACUGUUCUCUCUGCUACCGCACGGCAAGCGGUAUCGGAGCACCAAGUCUAGGUCAAAGAGGCUUCUAAACAGCUUCUACCCCCAAGCCAUAAGACUCUUGAACAUCUAAUCAAAUGGCUACCCAGACUUUUUGCAUUGCCCCCCCUCCCCCCCGCCUUCUACGCUGCUACUAAUCUCUGUUUAUUAUCUAAGUAUAGUCACUUUAAUAAUUCUUACCUAACAUGCUUAAAUGUCUUACUCCUUUCGGCCACAGAGAAGGAGAGGCCACAGUCCUUGGUAGUGGGCCUCGUCGGUGGCACUGUGUUAUCCUCAAAGCGGGCGAAGAAGGUGUUUAGCUUGUCUGGAAGCGAGACGUCGGUGUCAGUGACGUGGCUGGUUUUCCUUUUGUAGUCAAUGUGUUUAUGUACAGUGCAUUUGCAAAAUAUAGUUGUGGUCAAAAGUUUUGAGAAUGACCCAAGUAUUGGUCUUCACAAAGUUCGCUGCUUCAGUGUUAUGAUAAACUUUUGUCAGAUGUUACUAUGGUAUACUGAAGUAUAAUUACAAGCAUUCCAUAAGUGUCAAAGGCUUUUAUUGACAAUUACAUUAAGUUUAUGCAAAGAGUCAAUAUUUGCAGUGUUGACCCUUCUUUUUCAAGUCCUCUGUAAUCCGCCCUGGCAUGCUGUCAAAUAACUACUGGGCCACAUCCUGACUGAUGGCAGCCCAAUCUUGCAUAAUCAAUGCUUGGAGUUUGUCAGAAUUUGUGGGUAUUUGUUUGUCCACUCGCCUCUUGAGGAUCGACCACAAGUUCUCAAUGGGAUUAAGGUCUGGGGAGUUUCCUGGCCAUGGACCCAAAAUUUCGAUGUUUUGUUCCCAGAGCCACUUAGUUAUCACUUUUGCCUUAUGGCAAGGUGCUCCAUCAUGCUGGAAAAGGCAUUGGUCGUCACCAAACUGUUCUUGGAUGGUUGGGAGAAGUUGCUCUCGGAGGAUGUGUUGGUACCAUUCUUUAUUCAUGGCUGUGUUCUUAGGCAGAAUUGUGAGUGAGCCCACUCCCUUGGCUGAGAAGCAACCCCACACAUGAAUGGUAUCAGGAUGCUUUACUGUUGGCAUGACACAGGACUGAUGGUAGCGCUCACCUUGUCUUCAAGGUGAUUUCCAGAUGCCCCAAACAAUCGGAAAGGGGAUUCAUCAGAGAAAAUGACUUUACCCCAGUCCUCAGCAGUCCAAUCCCUGUACCUUUUGCAGAAUAUCAGUCUGUCCCUGAUGUUUUUCCUGGAGAGAAGUGGCUUCCUCGCUGCCCUUCUUGACACCAGGCCAUCCUCCAAAAGCCUUCGCCUCACUGUGCGUGCAGAUCCACUCACACCUGCCUGCUGCCAUUCCUGAGCAAGCUCUGCACUGGUGGUGCCCCGGUCCCGCAGCUGAAUCAACUUUAGGAGACGGUCCUGGCGCUUGCUGGACUUUCUUGGGUGCCCUGACGCCUUCUUCACAACAAUUGAACCUCUGUCCUUGACGUUCUUGAUGAUCCGAUAAAUGGUUGAUUUAGGUGCAAUCUUACUAGCAGCAAUAUCCUUGCCUGUGAAGCCCUUUUUGUGCAUAGCAAUGAUGACGGCACGUGUUUCCUUGCAGGUAACCAUGGUUAACAGAGGAAGAACAAUGAUUUCAAGCACCACCCUCCUUUUAAAGCUUCUAGUCUGUUAUUCUAACUCAAUCAGCAUGACAGAGUGAUCUCCAGCCUUGUCCUCGUCAACACUCACCUGUGUUAACGAGAGAAUCACUGACAUGAUGGCAGCUGGUCCUUUUGUGGCAGGGCUGAAAUGCAGUGGAAAUGUUUUUUUGGGAUUAAGUUCAUUUUCAUGGCAAAGAGGGCAAUUAAUUGCAUUUCAUCUUAUCACUCUUCAUGACAUUCUGGAGUAUAUGCAAAUUGCCAUCAUCAAAACUGAGGCAGCAGACUUUGUGAAAAUUAGUAUUUGUGUCAUUCUGAAAACGUUUGACCACGACUGUACAUAUUACCUCGACUAACCGGUGCCCCCGCACAUUGACUCGGUACCGGUACCCCCUGUAUAUAGCCUAUUGUUAUUUUACUGCUGCUCUUUAAUUAUUUGUUACUUUUAUCUCGUAUUAUUUUAUUUUUUGGGGGAGGGGUGUUCUUUCUUAAAACUGCAUUGUUGGUUAAGGGCUUGUAAGUAAGAUUUCACUGUAAGGUGUACGCCUGUUAUAUUCGGCGCAGGUGACAAUUAAAAUUUGAUUUGAUCCUCCAUGCUUCACGGUGGGAACCACACAUGCGGAGAUCAUCCAUUCACCUACUCUGCGUCUCACAAAGACACAGCGGUUGGAACCAUUAAUCUCAAAUUUGGACUCAUCAGACCAAAGGACAGAUUUCCACCAGUCUAAUGUCCAUUGCUUGUGUUUCUUGGCCCAAGCAAGUCUCUUCUUCUCAUUGGUGUCCUUUAGUAGUGGUUUAUUUGCAGCAAUUCGACCAUCAACGUCUGAUUCACGCAGUCUCCUCUGAAAAGUUGAUGUUGAGAUGUGUCUGUGACUUGAACUCUGAAGCAUGUUUUUGGGCUGCAAUCGAAGGUGCAGUUAACUCUAAGGAAAUUAUCCUCUGCAGCAGAGGUAACUGGGUCUUCCUUUCCUGUGGCAGUCCAAAUGAGAGCCAGUUUCAUCAUAGCGCUUGAUGGUUUUUGCGACUGCACUUGAAUAAACUUUUAAAGUUCUUGACAUUUUCCAGAUUGACUGACCUUCGUCUUAAAGUAAUGAUAGAUUGUCGUUUCUCUUUGCUUAUUUGAUCUGUUCUUGCCAUAAUAUGGACUUGGUCUUUUACCAAAUAGGGCUAUCUUCUGUAUACCACCCCUACCUUGUCACAACCCAACUGAUUGGCUCAAACGAAUUAAGAACGCAUCCAGGAAUUAACUUUUAACAAGGCACACCUGUUAAUUGAAAUGUGUUCCAGGUGACUACCUCAUGAAGCUGGUUGAGAGAAUGCCAAGAGUGUGCAAAGCUGUCAUCAAGGCAAAGGGUGGCUAUUUGAAGAAUCUUAAAUAUAAAAUAUAUUUUGAAUUGUUUAACACUUUUUUGGUUACUACAUAAUUCCAUAUGUGUUAUUUCAUAGUUUUUGAUGUCAUCACUAUUAUUCUACAAUGUAGAAAAUAGUAAAAAUAAGAAACCCUUCAAUGAGUAGUUGUGUCCAAACUUUUGACUGGUACUGUAUGUGGACACCCCUUCAAAUUAGUGGAUUCGGCUAUUUCAGCCACACCCGUUGCUGAAAUCACAUAUGGAAUUAUACAAAAUCAAGCACACAGCCAUGCAAUAUCCAUAGACAAACAUUGGCAGUAGAAUGGCCUUAUUGAAGAGCUCAGUGACUUUUAAUGUGGUACCGUCAUGGGAUGCCACCUUUCCAACAAGUCAGUUGAGCUGCCCUGGUCAACUGUAAGUGCUGUUUUUGUGAAGUGGAAACGUCUAGGAGCAACAACGUCUCAGCCGCGAAGUGGUAGGCCACACAAGCUCAAAGAACGGGACCGCUGAAGCGUGUAGAGCGUAAAAUUGCCUGUCCUCGGUUGCAAAACUCACUACGAGUUCUAAACUGCCUCUGGAAGCAACAUCAGCACAAGAACUGUUCGUCGGGAGCUUCACAAGCCUAAGAUCACCAUGCGCAAUGCCAAGCGUCAGCUGGAGUGGUGUAAAGCUUGCCGACAUUGGACUCUGGAGCAGUGGAAACACGUUCUCUGGAGUGAUAAAUCACGCUUCACCAUCUGGCAGUCCGACGGACAAAUCUGGGUUUGGCGGAUGCCAGGAGAACGCUACCUGCCCGAAUGCAUUGUACCAACUGUAAAGUUUGGUGGAGGAGGAAUAAUGGUCUGGGUCUGUUUUUCAUGGGUAGGGCUAGGCCCCUUAGUUCCAGUGAAGGGAAAUCUUAGCGCUAUAGCAUACAAUGACAUUCUAGACGAUUCUGUGCUUCCAACUUUGUGGCAACAGUUUGGGGAAGGCCCUUUCCUGUUUCAGCAUGACAAUGCCCCCGUGCACAAAGCAAGGUCCAUACAGAAAUGGUUUGUUGAGAUCGGUGUGGAAGAACUUGACUGGCCUGCACAGAGCCCUGACCUCAACCCCAUCGAACACCUUUUGGGAAGAAUUGGAAUGCCGACUGCGAGCCAGGCCUAAUCGCCCAACAUCAGUGCCCGACCUAACUAAUGCUCUUGUGGCUGAAUGGAAGCAAGUCCCCGCAGCAAUGUUCCAACAUCUAUUGGAAAGCCUUCCCAGAAGAGUGAAGGCAUUUAUAGCAGUCAAGGGGGGACAAACUCCAUAUUUAUGCCCAUAAUUUUGGAAUAACAUGUUCGACGAGCAGGUGUCCACUAAGGCUGUGGCGGUCAUGAAAUUUUGCCAGCCGGUGAUUGUCAAGCAAAUAACUGCCGGUCUCAUGGUAAUUGACCGUUAAUUAACAAACACAUUUAGAAUCUCCUGGCUUCCACGCAUAGCCUACAAGCCACUGAUGCAGACCUUUUGGAACAUCUACAUUUAAAAAAGUCGAAUAAAUCCGUGUAAUAUAGCCUACUCCAUCACAAUAAAUCCAUUAUUUAUUUUAGACAGGUCAAAAAAAAAAAACAGGAUAUGAAGAAUAUGUAGUCUAUUUCAGAAGAACAUAAUAGUAAACUCUGCGUUGUCCUUAUGUUAGGUCCUGAUCUGGCUAUGCCAUAUGGCUGUGGGCUAAACUAGUUCAUUUAGCAGACAAGAUUUGCUUAGAAUUCCGUGGCAUUAUUUUAUAGUGUGAAGAAUAAAAUGGAACAUAUUUUCUAUUUUAUUCAACUAUUUUCUCCAAAGGAUUUGAGGGAGUGCACACAUGCGGCUAUUCUGUGUUGAGCUGUUAACAAAGAAACAGGUACUCCUAUAUGCUUAAUUUAGAGUUAUUUCUGUAACUUUAGUUGUGAUACAAGUGUUGGCCUAUAUAGUUUAGAUUUUUUAUACAUUCUAAGGCUGAAACAAGUCGCAUGAAAGGCAUGAGCUCUGCUUUGUUUUUUGCGCAGGUUGUACACACUUCAUUAGUCUCUCAUUCACAAUUUGACAAGCACUUGUUUGGUAGGCUACUAAUGACCAACAGCAGCAUCAGAGCUUGGAGAAGGCUAAUUACCGUGACUAAACGGUCACGUGGAAUUUGACUGCCGUCAUGACUCGUGACCACCGGUCACCGUAACAGCCCUAGUGUCCUCAUACUUUUGGUCAUGUAGUGUAUAUAUUUUUCAGCAAGAAAAUGUCUCUGCCUUGUAUAAAUGCUAUAUAAACAAACAAUGUAGCUAGCAUAAAUUGGGACUUAGGCCUACUAAAUCUACCUUUUAAAUGUGUGGCCAACUGUUCGUAUAGAGCCACAAUAUACAAACGUUUUCAUCAGCCAAGCCUUAACAAAUUUGAUUGAAACUUAUCAACUAAUUAUGAUCUUCAAUAUAGACUGGGGACUCCAUAAUGUAAGAGCAAGUUGUCUACUAGAUGGCUAUUUUUCCUCACUCUGGUGUAUAUUUUUCUAAAAUGAAUUAUAGUUAACUUACAUCUCAAAGCCAUGCAAGAAACCUUGACCUGGUGCACACAUUUCUCUUUCCUUAGUUUGAUUGAAGGCUUCAAUCUGUCUUGAUUUGCUUCUAGAAAGAAAGAGAGAAGGAACAACACAUGAACAAGAUGAGCUAGCUACUAGUUUAAAACAAUGAAAGAUCUAAUUGUUACAAAGAAGGAAUGUAUACCGGUAGGCUACAUUUAUGAUAAUACAUGCGUUUGCUUACCUUAUCAAGUUUGAAGUCAAUACACUCAUUUUCACUGAGUGGCGCAGUGGUCUAAGGCACUGCAUCGCAGUGCUAACUGUGCCACUAGAGAUCCUGGUUCGAAUCCAGGCUCUGUCGCCACCGGCCGCGACCGGGAGACUCAUGGGCGGCGCACAAUUGGCCCAGCGUCGUCCAGGGUUGGGGAGGGAAUGGCCGGCAGGGAUGUAGCUCAGUUGAUAGAGCAUGGCAUUUGCAACGCCAGGGUUGUGGGUUCGUUUCCCACGGGGGGCCAGUAUAAAAAAAAAUAUGUAUUCACUAACUGUAAGUCACUCUGGAUAAGAGCGUCUGCUAAAUUACUAAAAUGUAAUGUAAUGUAAAUGAUGCAUCCUCUUCCAACACCACGGUUAGGGGAAGGGUAUCCAUCUGCAAAAGUGAAGUUUCGCUUUGUCAAAUCAGCUAAUAUUGUUGCUACCUUAGCUGUUGUGCUAGCUAACAUGUUACUGAACUGUGACACUAGCAUAUUGAAAUGCAUAUUGUUAUUAAAAGACAGCAACGUAUUCACCUAAACAUUUUUAGGCAAAUCAUUAGUUCGAUAGCUAGCUAUCAUAUUAAUUGUGCAAAAAUAUGAUAGCUAAUGUUAGCUAGCUAAGCGCUAGCCAGUCAGUGGCACUGACAGAUUGAAACUGAUAACAAAAUGUGUUUCACUCUAUCCCAUAAAGCAUAACAUUGCUAACUAGGCAUCAAUUAGCAAACAUAAUUUUUAAGUAUAUUAGGAAGUUUAAUUAAGUUAGACACUCACCGGACAACUUCGUUAAGUAGCUAGAUAGCUUAGUUUCCAUUUUCCAACAGAUUUUUCUUCUCCCACUGACUGGUCAUCAACGGUUACUGGUCUUGGAACUCGCGUCUACCAUAAAUGGCUUCUGGUAAACUGUUUGCCACUAGUGGCAAUAAAUAUUGUUGCCAAAGGUUUGCCGCAGAUUCACCAGUGGCAAACAUUUUCAAACUUCUGGCAACAUUUUGUGGCACACUAUUUAGUUUGCAGCAAAUUUGCCUCAAACUUGCAGGAAAUUCAUUUUUGUCAGGGCAGUGUAAACAUUAAACAUAUUUUGUAGAUAAGUACUACAUAACUAUGUGGAACCAUGUCUACCUUCCUAUUUAACCACCAUGUAAAUACAUAGUCCUGUGUCCUAAGGCAAAGUGUAAUACAUGUUGUGGUAUGUUUUUUUUAAAUGUGGAAAUGCCUUGUAAUAGUGAAAAAAAUAAAAUAAUAAUAAUAAUAAUAAUAUGCCAUUUAGCAGACAUUACAAACUGCCUAUGCACAUCCCAAAUAUCCAGUAAUCAUCCAGUUCUUCAAUUCUAUUGUUUUCCUCCUUCUAUCCAGAUGUACAACGAGAUCAUCAAAGCGCUGGAUGAAGCUGGCAAAGAUGACUCUGUCAUUACUGUAAUCACAGGUAGAGCCAACCAACCUAUUCCUCCCAUUGAAAUAAUGAAUGCAUUAAAGAGAGUAUCGGUGAUAUGAAUAUGUGACCGACCGGCUCGAUUCGGUCUUAUACAGCAAUAUUUAAAAUGGUGUUAUUUGUAUUUAUUUUUUCAACAUUGGAUAGAAGUAGAGACUCAGAGGUAGAAAAUUGUAUAUCAUACACUACAGUUGAGGAACAACGGGAAAGUAAUUCUGCUUUGAAAGUUGAUAAACUUGUAACCUCACUUUUGAGAAAAUGGCCCUUGAAUGUGUUGGUACUUACUGGAGCGCUCUUCUUUGUCUACACCCAUUCAGCAUCAUUCACACCCUUUUAAGCUUUAGCCCCACCCGUCUCGUUUAAGGAUUCACAUGUGAGGCUAUGUGCUCUGGGCGUUCGUAAAUUCAGAGUGUUUCACUCUCGGAGCGUUCAGAGCGCCCACUGGACGCUCUGGACGAAAAGUAGGGUUGAUCAGAGCGUUCUGACCUAACAAAAUUUAGUUAGCUUGCUAGCUACUUCUAGACAUGAAUGAGAGAACACCUCACUCUGACCAUUUUACUUGCCCUAGCAGAGCUGGUUAGGCUGUGUUCAUGUUAUCCAGAGCGUUGGUGACUAACUGUGCUGCUGGCAACAAUUUAAUUACGCUUUUUUGCCGACAUUUACUGACACCGGCCAUAUUCAACGGGUGUUGAACGUUUGUAAAUUCAUCAGUUAUUCUGCUCUCUGGCACACUCAGACGAGUGCUCUGAAAUCGGACUAGAUUGCCAGAGCGAAUAUACUAGCUACGUCUAACGACAGUUGUCGCAGUGACAUCAUAAACAUUCUAUUGAAAUAGUUACUUGCAUAAUGGAGUCUUUUGUUUAGACAUGUUAUGUAGCUAGCCAUCUAAACAAUGAACCGUAAUCCCAACUCAUGAUGUUACUACCCUGCAUGAAUCUGCAGGUAACUAUCCAAACAGGUUCAAUGUUAGCUAGCUAACAUUAGGCUAUAGCUAGCAAUGCAAAUGGCUCUGAGAUAUGAAUACUAUUACUACACAGAUCAUACACGUAACGUUAGCUAGCUAGCCAGCCAGCUAACGUUAGCUAGCUAGCUAACCGUAAACUUUAACAUGAAAUGAAACGACUUUCUAACAAAAUUAGAAACUUGUAAUAUCUGAAAAUGUAGCUAGCUAGACUAUCUUACCCAUAUACAUGGAUGGAAGCUUCUCCCUCUCUGUCACAGAUGCCAUGGUUGCCCUUAGUUUGAAGAUGUAAUCCGGAGACGGGUGUUUUAUACAACAGCCUUCUGUGUGUUCUCUUUUCGACUCCAUCUGCAUAUUUGCAAUCAAACGCCAGAAUUUUCUCCAUCUCCUUAGCUAUCAUACUCUAAUUCCACUGAUUUCAAAACUCGGCCCUCCAGAAAGUCGAGAGCAACACUUAUGCAGUUCUACUACAGUGAGGGGAAAAAAGUAUUUGAUCCCCUGCUGAUUUUGUACGUUUGCCCACUGACAAAGAAAUGAUCUGUCUAUAAUUUUAAUGGUAGGUUUAUUCGAACAGUGAGAGACAGAAUAACAACAACAAAAUCCAGAAAAACCCAUGUCAAAAAAUUUUGAAAUUGAUUUGCAUUCUAAUGAGGGAAAUAAGUAUUUGACCCCCUCUCAAUCAGAAAGAUUUCUGGCUCCCAGGUGUCUUUUAUACAGGUAACGAGCUGAGAUUAGGAGCACACUCUUAAAGGGAGUGCUCCUAAUCUCAGUUUGUUACCUGUAUAAAAGACACCUGUCCACAGAAGCAAUCAAUCAAUCAGAUUCCAAACUCUCCACCAUGGCCAAGACCAAAGAGCUCUCCAAGAAUGUCAGGGACAAGAUUGUAGACCUACACAAGGCUGGAAUGGUGAGGAAUCAGCCCAGAACUACACGGGAGGAUCUUGUCAAUGAUCUCAAGGCAGCUGGGACCAUAGUCACCAAGAAAACUAUUGGUAACACACUACGCCGUGAAGGACUGAAAUCCUGCAGCGCCCGCAAGGUCCCCCUGCUCAAGAAAGCACAUAUACACGCCCGUCUGAAGUUUUCCAAUGAACAUCUGAAUGAUUCAGAGGAGAACUGGGUGAAAGUGUUGUGGUCAGUUGAGACCAAAAUGGAGCUCUUUGGCAACAACUCAACUCGCCGUGUUUGGAGGUGGAGGAAUGCUGCCUAUGACCCCAAGAACACCAUCCCCACCGUCAAACAUGGAGGUGGAAACGUUAUGCUUUGGGGGUGUUUUUCUGCUAAGGGGACAGGACAACUUCACCGCAUCAACGGGACGAUGGACGGGGCCAUAUACCAUCAAAUCUUGGGUGAGAACCUCCUUCCCUCAGCCAGGGCAUUGAAAAUGGGUUGUGGAUGGGUAUUCCAGCAUGACAAUGACCCAAAACACACGGCCAAGGCAACAAAGGAGUGGCUCAAGAAGAAGCACAUUAAGGUCCUGGAGUGGCCUAGCCAGUCUCCAGACCUUAAUCCCAUAGAAAAUCUGUGGAGGGAGCUGAAGGUUCGAGUUGCCAAACGUCAUCCUCGAAACCUUAAUGACUUGGAGAAGAGCUGCAAAGAGGAGUGGGACAAAAUCCCUCCUGAGAUGUGUGCAAACCUGGUGGCCAACUACAAGAAACGUCUGACCUCUGUGAUUGCCAACAAGGGUUUUGUCACCAAGUACUAAGUCAUGUUUUGCAGAGGGGUCAAAUACUUAUUUCCCUCAUUAAAAUGCAAAUCAUUUAUAACAUUUUUGACAUGGGUUUUUCUGGAUUUUUUUGUUGUUAUUCUGUCUCUCACUAUUCAAAUAAACCUACCAUUAAAAUGAUAGACUGAUCAUGUCUUUGUCAGUGGGCAAACGUACAAAAUCAGCAGGGGAUCAAAUACUUUUUUCCCUCACUGUAUGUGAUAUCUUUCAAAAAAGGCGCGUUAGAAAGGAUUGCCUACACAUAUUGACCAGCUUAUAUUAUAGACAGAAGCAUGCUACAUGGCAUACCAAUCCGAACUAAUCUCUCGGCAUGUCCAACCCACUCAUUAUCUCAGCCAAUCAUGGCUAGCGGGAAGGUUGCUGUCUUUUUCCAUGGCUAAACCAACUAGGCUCGUAAUUUAACCAUUUUAUUCAUGCUUACAGAUGGCACACAAGUUUGUUAUUAAGGCACAUGACAGUUCACAUGUUCCAGAAGGCAUUUCUGCAAAAAAUGCAUUUAGAUUUUUAAAAAGAAGUUUACGUUUAAAUGGUCACAUACAGUGCCUUCGGAAAGUAUUCUGACUCCUUGACUUUUUCCACAUUUUGGUACGUUAUAGACUUAUUCUAAAAUGGAUUUAAAAAUGUUUUAUAAUCUUCAGCAAUAUACACACAAUACCCCAUAAUGAAAAAGCGAAAACAGGUUUUUACAGAUCUUUGCUAAUUUAUUUAAAAUAAGCAACAGAAAUACCUUAUUUACAUAAGUAUUCAGACCCUUUGCUAUGAGAUUCGAAAUUGAGCUCAGGUGCAUCCUGUUUCCAUUGAUCAUCCUUGAGAUGUUUCUACAACUUGAUUGAAGUCCACCUGUGUUAAAUUAAAUUCAUUGGACAUGAUUUGGAAAGGCACGCACCUGUCUAUAUAAGGUCCCACAGUUGACAGUGCAUGUCUGAGCAAAAACCAAGCCAUGAGGUCGAAGGAAUUGUCCGUAGAGCUCCGAGACAGGAUUGUGUCACGGCACAGAUCUGGGGAAGGGUACCAAAAAAUUUCUGCAGCAUUGAUGGUCCACAAGAACACAGUAGCCUCUGACCAACCUGAGCAAUUGGGGGAGAAGGGCCUUGGUCAGGGAGGUGACCAAGAACCCAAUGGUCACUCUGACAGAGCUCUAGAGUUCCUCUGUGGAGAUGGAAGAACUUUCCAAAAGGACAACCAUCUCUGCAGCACUCCACCAAUCAGGCCUUUCUAGUAGAGUGGCCAGAUGGAAGCCACUCCUCAGUGAAAGGCACGACAGCCCCCUUGGAGUUUGCCAAAAGGCACCUGAAUGACUCUUAGACAAUGAGAAACAAGAUUCUCUUUGUCCGGAAUGCCAAGCGUCACGUCUGGAGGAAACCUGCCACCAUCCCUACGGUGAAGCAUAGUGGUGGCAGCAUCAUACUGUGGGGAUGUUUUUCAGCGGCAGUGACUGGGAGACUAGGCAGGAUCGAGGCAAUGAUGAAAAGAGCAAAGUACAGAGAGAUCUUUAAUGAAAACCUGCUCCAGAGCGCUCAGGACCUCAGACUGGGGCGAAGAUUCACCUUCCAACAGGACAACAACCAUAAACACAAAGCCAAGACAAUGCAAGAGUGGCUUCGGGACAAGUCUCCGAUUUGAACACGAUCGAACAUCUCUGGAGAGACCUGAAAAUAGCUGUGAAGCAACGCUCCCAAUCCAACCUGACCGAGCUUGAGAGGAUCUGCAGAGACGAAUGGGAGAAACUACCAAAAUACAAGUGUGCCAAGCUUGUAGCUUCAUACCCAAGAAGACUUGAGGCUGUAAUCGCUGCCAUAGGUGCUUCAACAAAGUACUGAGUAAAGGGUCUGAAUACUUAUGUAAAUGUGAUAUUCAGUUUGGCUGGGCGGCCAGCUCUAGGAAGAGUCUUGGUGGUUCCAAACUUCUUCCAUUUAAGAAUGAUGGAGGCCACUGUGUUCUUGGGGACCUUCAAUGCUGCAGAAUUUUUGGUACCAUUCCCCAGACCUGUGCCUCUACACAAUCCUGUCUCGGUGCUCUACAGACAAUUCCUUUAACCUCAUGUCUUGGAUUUUGCUCUGAUGUGCACUGUCAACUGUGGGACCUUAUAUAGACAGGUGUGUGCCUUUCCAAAUCAUGUCCAAUCAAUUGAAUUUACCACAGGUGGACUUCAAUCAAGUUGUAGAAACAUCUCAAGGAUGAUCAAUGGAAACAGGAUGCACCUGAGCUCAAUUUCGAGUCUCAUAGCAAAGGGUCUGAAUACUUAUGUAAAUAAGGUGUCUUGUUUUUUAUUUGUAAUAUAUUAGCAAACAUUUCUACAAACCUGUUUUUGCUUUGUUAUUAUGGGGUAUUCUGUGUAGGUUGAUGAGGGAAAAAUAACAAUUUAAUACAUUUUAGAAUAAGUCUGUAACUUAACAAAAUGUGUAAAAAGUCAAGGGGUCUGAAUACUGUAUGCACUGCUGGGCCACAAAUUAACACUAGGACUAAAGAAAAGCCAGAACACAGGAUAUUACACACAGUUUAUUAUGGUGCAUGAAAAGAAGCAUGUGGGAGCAACAUACUGUGUGUGGGCUUUUCUUUCUUUAGUCCACAGGUGUCAAACUCAUUCCACGGAGGGCCAUGUGUCUGCGGGUUUUCUCUCCUACCUUGUACUUGACUUAUGAAUUAAGGUCACUGAUUAGGAAGUAACUCUCCUCACAUGGUUGUCUAGGUCUUAACUGAAAGGAGAAAAAAAAACACAAAAAAAACAGCAGAUGCUAGGCCCUCCAUGGAAUGAGUUUGACACCCCACCCCAGCUUUAGACCUUUAAAUGGGGCAAUCUGUGAUUGCUACAUACAUUUUUGGACUUUUAAAUUAAUUAAAUAUAGCCAUUGAGUCUUGAAAAAUAUAACUUAGAAAUGCCUCAUGAGCUUAGUUCAACUAAUAAGUUGUAAACAAUGUAAUUGUAAACAAACACUAUAUAGCCUUAAAACAUGGUUAAAUGUUGGAAAUUGAUAUCAUGGAUGGACAGUCUUUGCAUUCAUAGCUGGAUUUUUACCGAAACGGUGGCCUGGUGACCAACUUUAUUGUUUGAAUUGCCCCUUUAAGGCUUUACAGUGAUGCAGUGACUUGCAAGUCAAAUCGUAUUGCCCUGUUCCAGUCUUCUUAACUGCUUCAUGUGGCAGUUCUUGUUCACCCCCUCAAGGUAGUGGAGACUUCUACUGCAGUGGCAACGACCUGACAAACUUCACCAAAAUCCCUGAGGGCGGGAUGCAGCAGAUGGCAAAAGAUGCAGGCGAGUUGCUGAGGUAAGUACUUACCCAAAAGGAGCAGGCGAGAGUUUACUUUGAGAUAAGCAUUUUCAUAGUGUGUGUGUGUGUGUGUGUGUGUGUGUGUGUGUGUGUGUGUGUGUGUGUGUGUGUGUGUGUGUGUUGUGUGUGUGUGUGUGUGUGUGUGUGUGUGUGUGUGUGUGUGUGUGUGUGUGUGUGUGUGUGUGUGUGUGUGUGUGUGUGUGUGUGUGUGUGUGUGUGUGUGUGUGUGUGUGUGUGUGUGUGUGUGUGUGUGUGUGUGUGUGUGUGCAGGGAGUUUGUCAAAGCGUUCAUCGACUUCCCCAAGCCCCUGAUUGCGGUGAUCAACGGUCCGGCUGUGGGCGUGUCCGUCACGCUAUUGGGCCUGUUUGAGGUGGUCUACGCCACAGAGAGGGUAAGGUGCUUUGUCAUGUCCACUCAGUGUUGGCUUAGAACACAUUUAUAUCGUCUCUCUAUAUAUAUGUCUGUUAGUUGAUAAUACAAGAUUAGCGUUGGAUUAUAUUAGGGGUAUCCAACUCCAGUCCUGGAAAGAUACUGGGUGUCCAUGCCUUUGAUCCUGUCCACCAGCACUAACAACUAGACUAUGAUUAGUUGAUUUUCUUAAACUUCUGUUGAUACUGGGCUGGAUGAAAAGCUCUCCAGGAUCUUCAUUGGGGACCCCUGUUUUAUAUGCAUACCUCAGUGGAGGUCAAAUAAGCAACGGUGUUGUGACCACCAGUGCACCACCCAUACCACUAGGUCCACAUUGGCAUUCUCCACUUCCAUUUUUCACUAUACUCUGCAGUAAGCGGUUGGGGGUGUUCCUGCCUAAUGUGCUUCCCCCCCCCCCCCCCCCCCCCUCCUGACAGGCUACAUUCCACACCCCCUUCAGCCAGCUGGGACAGAGCCCAGAGGGCUGCUCCUCCUACACCUUCCCCAAAAUGAUGGGUAAUGCAAAGGUAUGGAUACUCCCCCUUGUUCCUUUGCUGCAACUAAUGCAUUUCAUAGAAGGAUUUCCCCAGGCAGCUCUCUACUCAGUUUUCCUAUUUCCAACAUCAAUGCAUGAUUGACGAGAAAGGCAAAGUUACACAUAUGGAUCAAAUAUUUUUAAAUGUAUUUAUUUUACUUCUGUUCUUUAUUAGUAUGUAUUUGACUUGCAGUUUGAAUUGAAUGAAAUUACACUAAUGGACAACAUUGCCAUGGUCUGUGACUAGGCCAGUGAGAUGCUGCUGUUCAACAAGAAACUGACGGCCGCCCAGGCGUGUGCCCAGGGCCUGGUUACCGAGGUCUUCCCCGACAGCAGCUUCCAAACCGAGGUGGCCACCAGACUGAAGGCCUAUGCCAAGCUUCCCAGAAACGUGAGUCAAAGCCCCAGCAAACAUUGAACGUCAGACAUCGUUUGAAAUGUUUGUGUGUUUUGUGUAAUAAAAAAAAUAUAUAUAUUUAACCAGGUAAGCCAGUUGAGAACAAGUUCUCAUUUACAACUGCGACCUGGCCAAGAUAAAGCAAAGCAGUGCGAUUAAAAACAACAACACAGAGUUACAUAUGGGGUAAAAAAACAUAAAGUAAAAAAAUACAACAGAAAAUAUAUAUACAGUGUGUGCAAAUGUAGCAAGUUAUGGAGGUAAGGCUAUAGUGCAAAAUAAUUACAAUUAGUAUUAACACUGGAAUGCUAGAUGUGCAAAUAGAGAUACUGGGGUGCAAAAGAGCAAAAUAAAUAACAAUAUAGGGAUGAGGUAGUUGGGUGGGCUAAUUUCAGAUGUGCUGUGUAUUUUACAUAACUUCCUUUUUGAACGUUCCAGGAAUUUUGCAUUCUAUAUUAUGUUAUUGGCUGUGGCUGUAAUGUUGUGUAUUCAGAAAUAUUUUAACAUUCCUGGAACGUAUCAAUAUUGAUGAAAGUUUGUUGUAUGUUACAUAACUUCCUUUUUGAACGUUCCAGGAAUUUUGCAUUCUAUAUUAUGUUAUUGGCUGUGGCUGCGCUUCCCUGGACGGACUCCUUUUCCUAUUUCUAAGUGACCAGAGCCACAUUCUGCACAUUGAAUUUCAUUCACAAAUUCAUAAAAAUGUUCAAGGGUCCCAGCUGAUUAGAUGAACAGCACAGUUUGCAGUGAUUUGAAUGACUAUUCCAAAAUGUUAGUGAAGUGCCAGUAAUAUAGGAUAUGGCAGUAUAUCAAGGCCACAAUAUUAUAUAAUCACAAACAUAAGAAGGGAAAAUGUUACAGGAAAGCGUCACUAUUUCUAUAUAGUCUGGUGGCAAGGCUACAGGAUGUGCACAUUUGGUAGGGAGUUAGACAACUAGGAAAUGAAAUUAUAGUUGUAAUAUGGUUAACACAGAUUGUUUUGCUUCAGAACAGUAGAAAAGAUGAGCCUAUAAUUGUUUGUCAUGUUAUGAAGGCUAAGUUAGAUUUCAGCUCAUAUUCAGCCAUUUCAGCUCAUAUCCAGCCAUUUCAGCUCAUAUUCAGCCAUUUCAGCUCAUAUUCAGCCAUUGAUUCCGCUGUGACAUUGCGGUCGUUUGGGCAGUACCAUUCACUUACUAUUGGGCAAGGCAUAACCAAUACACAAUUUAAAUGCAUCCACAGUUUAUAAAGUAGCCGGCUUGAUGCCUUUAUUGCAUGCACGGGAUAUGGGACCAAAUACCAACCUACUUAUGGUUUCCUAAAAAAGGUGGACUAGAUACAUAAUGUGCUUUUAUUUCUAAUUGAAUUAACUGCUAUGCAUGAAAAUACCAUUAAAAAAGGACUUCAGACAUCAAUUGAUCAUACAUCCAAAUUGCUGGAGUACAGGGCACUGUAUUUGAAAACACAAAACAAGUUUAUUUUAUUUUAUGUCAGUCAAAUAUAUAAGUAUGAUGAAACUAAAGACACAUUUCCACAUUUUGUGGACAGUGCAGUUUUGUACCUCUACUUUCAUCCUAUUGCUGUUUCCUGUCUGUCUAGUCCCUAGCCCUGUCCAAGCAGCUGAUCCGUGGGACAGAGAAGGAACGGCUCCACUCUAUCAACGACAAGGAGGUGGAGCGCCUGGUGGAGCGCUGGCUCUCAGACGAGUGCAUGCAGGCCAUCAUGAGCUUCUUCCAGGCUAAGGCUAAGCUGUGAGGAAGAGAUCCACCCCUCCUCCUCCAGAGACCCACAGACAGAGCCCACGGAGCAGAGUGCCUAGCCUGAGUCGUGUUCAUUAGGUACCAAGCGGAAUAGAAAAAAAAAUGAACAGGGAGGGACUACCACUACCUGGUGUUAAAAGAAACGCUAAUCUGUUUUUAUUGCAAAACAUUUACAAAUGUAUUCCAUUGCGUGCCCUAAUGAGCAUGACCCACAUUUUACCAGCCUUGAGCAGAUGCCUUAUUUUCUACAGUUUUAUCAGAUGGUUUUGUAAAUUAAUUAUAUUAAUAGUAACACACAAACCCAUUCUGUAUAUUUUUAACCGUUGAUCUGGUUUGUUUUGCAUUUAACAUAUCUGGGCAUUCCCUGUUUUGAAACACCAGUGAAGGAAUGUAACUUACAUGGACUAAAGCUACCAAGGGGUGUGUAUAGUAAAUUGAAGGUGGGUAGUGCCUUAGUCCAAAAUGCCUUAGGACUGAACAAAUGCUUUGGAAUACCUUCCAAGAGGAAGUGUCUUGUACUGUCCCGUGGUAUUCUAUAUGUACUAAAGGAUUUGUGGAGAUGAUGACAUUGUUUCACACAUCCAACUAUAUCUGUUUUGAUUGCAGUAAUACAUUUAUUUUAGAUCAAAAUGUUUUUCAAUGUCUUUUUGUGACGAAGGGACAAUGAUUUGAGGAAGGGAAAAGGAUAGUGAUGGGUUGUAUGAUGUCUGCCCUUUCACUUAGCAUCCUACAGAGGGCGUACUGCACCAAAAAAAAGAUAUAUAUAUUCAACAGCUCUUCAGCCUUCAUGCCAGAAAUGUGAGUUUGUCCUUUUUCAUUUGGAAGAUGAACUAUGGAAGUUUAUUUGCUAAUUGUAUACAUAUAUUUGGUUUGAAUGUUUAUACCUAAAUGAUAUAAUAUGAAUCAAUGUAUCUAAUGAAACCUGUAUGCAUUUUCUCAUGGGUAAGGGGAGGUGUGCCUUAUCUGUCCAAUGAGCUAAAUUCGGGACAGACAAUAUUUCUGUCCAUUUGGAGUGACCCCUUUUGGCCCAAGAGCACCCCAGAGGCGCAUUCCAAUACUUAAUUUAUUGACACCCUCCCCACUAGAUGGCAUAGGUUCUCUAUCCAUUGCAUUUGGUUUGACAGGCCAAUGCAGUGUACCUCAAGGCAUGAGAGAUUAGUACAUUUGUCUCUUGCAUGAUGUAUCAGACUAACACAACUGAGAGGGAAAAUAUAUCACAUCGUCCACACUGGGCUGUCCCUUACCUCUACAGCGGCCCUGCUUUGCGUGUCACACCUGGUUUGCUUAACCUUUCCCUGACCGAUAGCAGGUACAUAACAACCUGCUUUUGCCAAGCAAAACACUUGUAGCGAUAAAGCGCUCCCAAAGGUUAUAUUUACUAUCUAUGGGCUGCAGAGUCAAAUGGUUGUGAACGGAAUGGAUAUGGAACGUAGUAAAUUGGGUACAACACUAGUGUAACAAAACAUACAGUUUGAAUUAUGAUAGACUAAACUUGGGUAUUUAGAAUAAUGGAAAUUCAAACAAAUGAUGGCUGUAAGGUUGUACCACCCUUUCAAUAAAUCAUACCUUUCGUGAAAUCAGUCGCUUUGAAUGUAGCCAAGCCUGGUCAAAUAAAUAAGUGGUAAUAAAGAUAAUGGUGUUGGC